AUGUUUGAGAGCGUCUCUGUCCCUCGUUUUGCGGUUAAGCCGCAUCCAUCCCAGACCUCUUCUGUCGCUCAGAUCAUCGAUAUCCGCUCUGACAAGAAGGAUGUCGAGCUGCGCGUGUCUCUCCAGCAGAGCAUCCACAGCGACGACGCCGCGCUGCCCGAUCUGCUCCUCUGGGAUGAACAGGGGCUGCGCUAUUUUGAGGAUGUUACCUACUGCCCAUCGUACUAUUUAACGAGGGAGGAAAUUGGUCUGUUGAAGAAAUACAGCCUGCAAAUCGCCGAACACAUCCAGCCGGGCAGCAUGCUGGUCGAGCUGGGGAGCGGAAACCUCCGCAAGACGAAGAUUCUGCUGGAUGCGCUCGAGGAGCUAGGUCGGCCGGUAGACUAUUUCGCCCUCGACGUCUCCUACCCUGAGCUCAAGCGCACACUCCGCCCCGUCGGGGCGGGCGUCUACCAGCACGUCCGCUGCUAUGGGCUGCUGGGCACCUAUGACGACGGUCGGAAAUGGCUCCAGCAUCCUGAUCUGCAGUCACGUCCAAAGACGAUCCUAUACCUCGGCUCGACGCUGGGAAAUUUCGAGAAGCCGGAUGCGGCGCAGUUCCUGGCUAGUUUUGCGCAGCCGAAUACGUCGUUCUUACUCGGUCUAGACGGAUGCAAGAACGAGAAGCAGGUCCUGCAGGCAUACAAUGAUCCUGACGGGAUCAAUCACCGGUUUGUUAAGAACGGAUUAGUGCGCGCGAAUCAUAUUCUCGGGCAUGAGGCUUUCGAUCUGGACAAGUGGGAUGUCACUGGUGCUUGGGAUGAGGAGAGCGGGGCGCAUAACCAGUACUAUAUCACCCGCGCCGAUGUCUCCCUGGACGGAGUGGAUAUUCCGGCAGGGCAUAAGCUGCUCGCUGUUCGUAGCCACAAGUAUGAUGCGGAUGACCGAAAGAACCUAUGUGGGAGCGCUGGACUGAAGGUGGUGGACUUUUGGGCCUCUGAAAGCGAGUAUAAUCUGCUUUACCUGGCCGGUAUGUGAAGUGCGUCCGUACGUAGUAGGUAGUAAUGUCACGGAGUUGUUACUUUACUUCUA